AUGUCUCUCGUCAACCUGGCACACUUCUGCUCGCACAUGCAAAAUGCAUCCAAAGCCCGCCUCGGGCUGACGUCAAUACCCGUCUCCAAGAUGCAUACCAACAUUGCGCUGGGGCUGCAGCGCGAAGGCUUUCUCUCUUCCGUGACACUGGGCGGGCCCACACCACCAAAGCCUUUUCUCCUCCAAGCACAACAAGACCCCGAGCAACUAGAAAUAAUGGCCCAGAAGCUCAAGGACGAGCCCUGGCUUGCCUACCCCAUGGCGAAUUCACCAGGCAACAAGGGAAAGGCCCCACUGGGCGAAGAGCACGACCACCAAGUACACGUACCAGAGAACCCGGCGCGGAGGAGAUUAUGGCUGGGGCUGAAGUACUGGCAGAACGAGCCGGUACUGAAGAACAUGAAGCUAGUGUCGAAGCCCACACGGCGGAUAUGGCUGACGAGUGAAGACCUGGGCAAGAUCACAAGGACGCGCGAGUCCAGCUAUGUCAAGGGACUGACGCAUCCCGGAGAGUGCAUGUUCAUCACGACAGACCGGGGCAUUUUAGAAGCAAGAGAGUGUGUCGAGCGGCGACUGGGCGGCAUGGCGCUUUUCAGAGUGUGGUAG